UGUUUGCUGCUAGGUGGAGCCCGAGUAUAUGGCGAGAGCGGCAAUCCACAUCCGAUUUUUCCCUCCUCACCUUUCACUGGCUCUCCAAACCCUCGGUCUCCAUACAGAACUCCCAGCCAGUGCGCACAAUUGGUUUGUCAUAGUGGCAGAGAGCUCAGUGUUUGGACCCAAACAACUUAGAAUUUUUUCCCCCUGCGAAGCUUUUCUCUCAAGAUCCCCCCUCCUUAAAUUCUUCUGGAUACUCUUGUUGUGUGUGUUUGUGUGCGUGAGUGGUGAGGGCUGCUGGCGUUUUCGCCUUUCAGCUUCAUGGGACGUGAUGUAGCCCCCGCACAGAAGGACGUCUUGUGCCAUAAAGGGAUGUAAAGGACAGUACCGUGGAUACAACACGAGGAAGCUGCUGUUUCUCCUGCGACAUCAUCAGCACUUGGAUUCUGGACGCACAGCAGAUUCGACCGAGGAUAUUGAACGGAGCGCGACCGGAGGCAAACUAUUUGGAUUCGUUGUUUUCUCUCCUCGGCCCCUUUAUCAAGUCCGUUCCUCACACACAGUGCGUAAGGACGGUACCCAACGCCUGAAAGACAGUUGAGAGAGAAAUUAUCGCGAAUACUUUGAAUGGAAGGACAUGAGCUAUCCCUCCUUUUUACCAGUCAUUUCUAAAUCCGCGGACAGAACAUGGUUUUACUAUCUGGAAUGUGAUUCACAGGAUUUGUGAGAACACUCAAGAAUCACAAUCCGUCUCACACCAAGGGAUCGUCAAAGAAACUGUCAGCAUCAGCUUGUAUGGAGGAAAUCACUCAAAUGUACUGAGUUAUUGGGGCCAUUUGCGGCGAGCGUUAGUGCAUGGAUACAGGCUUGGAUCGCUGAGAUUUUGGACGGCAUCUGGCACCAAAACAACACGACUUGUGGUGUUGUGGGAUUUGUGGCGCAGUGGAGGGAGCUGUGCCAUAAAGAAAGCACCCGAUUCGGGCAUUUGCCAGCAAAAGACUGAACUCAACUGGGACCUUCAGCAGCGGGCGGUAAGAGGAGGAGGCCAUGUGGACCGCACGUCUGCUAGUCCUUGCCAGCCUCUUCGCACCAGCCGCUCUGGCCUUCAGUCGAGCACCCAUCCCCAUGGCGGUGGUGAGGAGGGAGCUGUCGUGCGAGAGCUAUCCCAUCGAGCUGCGCUGCCCAGGCACAGAUGUCAUCAUGAUUGAGAGCGCAAACUACGGCCGCACCGAUGACAAGAUCUGUGACGCAGACCCAGCACAGAUGGAGAACACGCGGUGUUACCUGCCAGAUGCAUACAAGAUCAUGUCACAAAGAUGUAAUAACCGGACCCAGUGUGCUGUUGUGGCUGGACCAGAUGUAUUUCCCGACCCUUGCCCGGGAACCUACAAAUAUCUGGAAGUCCAAUAUGAAUGUGUACCCUACAAAGUGGAACAAAAAGGCUCCUCAGUAUUCCUGUGCCCAGGGCUUCUACGCAGGGUGUACCAGAGCGAGCACCUCUUUGAAUCGGACCACCAGUCAGGAGCCUGGUGCAAAGAUCCUCUCCAGGCCUCCGAUAAGAUUUACUACAUGCCCUGGACACCCUACCGCACCGACACAUUGACUGAAUAUUCCUCCAAAGAAGACUUCAUCGCCGGAAGACCGACAACAACUUACAAGCUCCCACAUCGUGUUGACGGAACAGGCUUUGUGGUCUAUGACGGGGCACUCUUCUUCAACAAGGAGCGCACACGCAACAUUGUCAAGUUUGACCUGCGGACUCGUAUCAAAAGCGGCGAGGCCAUCAUUGCCAACGCCAACUACCAUGACACAUCUCCAUACCGCUGGGGAGGGAAGUCAGACAUUGACUUGGCUGUUGACGAAAAUGGCCUUUGGGUGAUUUAUGCCACUGAGCAGAACAAUGGGCGGAUUGUCAUCAGCCAGCUCAAUCCCUACACGUUACGUGUUGAGGGGACCUGGGACACAGCUUAUGACAAGCGCUCAGCAUCCAACGCCUUCAUGAUCUGUGGAAUCCUGUAUGUAGUAAAGUCAGUGUAUGAAGACGAUGACAAUGAGGCAACAGGAAACAAGAUUGACUACAUCUACAAUACAGAGCUAAGUAAAGAUGGCUUUCUGGACAUCGCUUUCCCCAACUCCUAUCAGUACAUCGCUGCAGUGGAUUACAAUCCCAGGGACAACCUGCUGUACGUUUGGAACAAUUACCAUGUUGUGAAGUACUCUCUAGACUUUGGAGCGUUGGACAACAGACUCGAAACUUCCUCCUCUGUAAUGGUCUACAUGGACACAUCGACCAUGACAACGAGGACCACCACUCGACCAACCACUGUUACUGUGACAUCCACAACUGCCAGGACUACCACUACCAAGAUGCCUGCCACAACAACUGCAAUGGCUCAGUGGCCACAGACCGCAUCCACAGUGGCGGCCCCUGUCCAGACGGUGUUGGAGGGUUUGGUCCCAGAAGACGAAGACAGGGUGCCGCCUUCCUCCAAGCUUCCCAACAUCAGGGUGGAGUACUGCAAUCCCCUGGUGAUGAUGGACAUCUCCUGGCCCAAGACCAAGCAGGGUGUGGUGGCCAAGAUGCCCUGUCCACCUGGAACCACAGGUGUGGCCUCAUACCUGUGCGUGGGUCCAGAGGGAUACUGGGACCCCCAGGGACCUGAUUUUAGCAACUGUACCUCCCCUUGGGUCAACCUCAUCAGCCAGAAGCUAAAAGCUGGAGAGACGGCUGCUGUCAUUGCCAGGGAAUUGGCGGAACAAACUAAGCGUAAUCUUCAGGCAGGAGACAUCACCUUCACAGUGAAGGCCAUGGUUCAGCUGGUGGAUCUCCUCGACGUGCAGUUGAGGAACCUCACGCCAGGUGGCAAAGAUAGCGCGGCACGGAGCCUCAACAAGCUGCAGAAAAGAGAACGCUCUUGCCGGUUUUAUGUUCAGGCCAUGGUGGAGACGGUCAACAAUUUGCUGCAGCCACAGGCCCAGGCAGCAUGGAGGGAGCUGAGCACAGGCGAGCAGCUGAGGGCCGCAACCAUGCUGCUGGACACGGUGGAGCAAGGGGCCUUCGUCCUGGCUGAUAACCUGCUGAAGACGGACAUUGUGCAAGAGAACACUGACAACAUUCAGCUGGAGGUGGCAAGGAUGAGCACAGAUGGGAAUUUGCCUGAUCUGAAGUUCCCACAAACCGGAGGACAGGGCAACUCUAUCCACCUCUCGGCGAACACGCUAAAGCAGCACGGAAGAAACGGUGAGAUUCGGAUAGCGUUUGUCCUGUACAAACAUAUCGGGGGCUACCUUGCAACAGAGAACGCCAGCAUGAAGCUGGGUAGCGAAGCCAUGGCUACCAAUUACUCCGUCAUUGUCAACUCCCCGGUUAUCACGGCUGCCAUCAACAAGGACUUGAACAAAGUCUACCUCUCUGACCCUGUGAUUUUCACCAUCAGACAUCUACAGCAAUCUGAAGAGAACUUCAACCCCAACUGUUCGUUCUGGAGUUACUCCAAGAGAACUAUGACUGGUUACUGGUCGACGCAGGACUGCCGCUUGCUCGGCACCAACAGGACACACACCACGUGCUCCUGCACCCAUUUAACCAAUUUUGCUGUCCUCAUGGCCCAUGUGGAUGUCAAGAACACAGACCCUGUUCAUGACAUGCUUCUUGAUGUCAUUACUUGGGUUGGCAUCCUCCUGUCGCUGGUCUGCCUGCUUAUCAGCCUCUUCACCUUCUGCUUCUUCCGCGGCCUCCAGAGUGAUCGGAACACCAUCCAUAAGAACCUCUGCAUCAGCCUGUUCAUCGCCGAGUCCCUGUUCCUUGUGGGGAUCAAUCGGGGUGACCAGCCGAUUGCUUGUGCUGUCUUCGCUGCCCUGCUCCACUUCUUCUUUCUGGCAGCGUUCACAUGGAUGUUCCUGGAGGGCGUGCAGCUCUACAUCAUGCUGGUGGAGGUGUUUGAGAGCGAGCACUCACGUCGCCGCUACUUCUACAUGGUGGGCUACGGCGUUCCCGCGCUAAUUGUGGCGGUUUCUGCUGCAGUGGACUACCGCAGUUACGGCACCGAUCGAGUUUGCUGGCUUCGCCUGGACACCUACUUCAUUUGGAGUUUCAUAGGACCAGCAACCUUGAUAAUUAUGCUCAAUGUGAUCUUCCUGGGCAUCGCUCUCUACAAGAUGUUCCAUCACACAGCCAUCUUGAAACCAGACUCCGGUUGCCUGGAUAACAUCAACUACCGUUAUUAUGAUGGAUGUGUUAUUGUAGAAUGGCACUGCUAUCAGGAUUAUGAACCUAAGAUCAAAUCAUGGGUGAUUGGGGCCAUUGCCUUGCUAUGUCUGCUGGGCCUGACCUGGGCCUUUGGCCUGAUGUAUGUCAACGAGAGCACGGUGGUCAUGGCCUACCUGUUCACCAUCUUCAACUCCCUGCAGGGAAUGUUCAUCUUCAUCUUUCACUGUGUGCUGCAGAAGAAGGUGCGUAAGGAGUAUGGAAAAUGCCUGCGUACUCACUGCUGCAGUGGCAAAAGUGUGGACAGCUCCAUCGGCUCAGGAAAAGGCACCGCCUCUCGUGCUCCAGGACGUUACUCGACAGGCUCACAGAGCCGCAUCCGUCGAAUGUGGAAUGACACAGUCAGAAAACAGUCAGAGUCCUCUUUUAUGACCGGCGACAUCAACAGCUCUGCAUCACUCAACAGAGGGGCUAUGGCUAACCAUCUUAUACCUAAUGCACUCCUACGUCCUCAUGGCACUAACAAUCCCUAUAAUACAUUGCUUGGGGAAUCGGCAGUCUAUAACAACCCUCUGGGCAUGUACAACACACAAGAGCCCUACAGAGAGACAAAGGGAAUCCUGAACAAUGCCCGGGAUACAAGUGUCAUGGAUACUCUACCACUGAAUGGUAACCAUGGCAACAGCUACAGCAUCGCCAGCGCUGAGUACAUGAGUGACUGCGUCCAGAUCAUUGAUCGGGGUUAUAACCACAAGGAGACCACCCUGGAAAAGAAGAUCCUGAAAGAGCUCACCUCCAAUUAUAUCCCCUCCUACCUCAACAAUUCCCAUGAGCGCUCAACUGAGCAGAACCGGAACCUUAUGAAUAAGCUGGUCAAUAAUGUUAGCAACGGUGGCAAGGACAGUGGCUACGGGAUGGGCUUGGGAGUGGGGAUAGGCAUGAAUGUGGCGCUGAGCCUGGAUGACCACUCCACCUUUGGUCCACACCACGACGAAGGCCUGGGCCUGGAGUUAAUCCGUGAGGAGUCUAAUGCCCCGCUGUUACCUCAAAGACCACCCCCGUCACUGCAGGCGGUGGACAACCUUAACAAUCACCUCCACCAGUCAGCACCGCCGCCCCUUCCACUGCCCCACCACCCCUUCUCGUCCGCCACCACUUCCUCCUCGUCUCGAAGGAGGAUCCCCCAGGAGAACAGCGAAAGUUUCUUUCCCUUACUUACUAAUGAGCACACCGAUGACGAGGCCUCGUCCCCCAGGCACAACCACCAGAGAGACUCCCUCUAUACCAGUAUGCCCAUGCUGCCCGGCCUGCCCGACGUGUCUGCAGAAUCUGCUGACGGCUCCAAGGACGGGGGGGACACCAAGAGCCCAGAGGACAUCUCGGACGACGUUUACUACAAGAGCAUGCCCAACUUGGGUUCACGUAACCACCUCCAUCAGCUGCACUCCUACUACCAGCUAGGACGGGGCAGCAGUGACGGAUUCAUCGUGCCCCCAAACAAAGAGGAUCUAUCUCCAGAAGAGGCCCAGCCGGAGCCCUCGCACCUAGUCACUAGCCUAUAGGCCCAACAUCCUCCCGCUCCUCCAGUGUCCCUCCUAUUACCGUAGUCCUCUUCCCCUUGUCCCGUUGUUCCAUCAGUCGUUGGCAGUGGUAGCCCUUCUUUUUAUUCUGUGUACCGAAGACUGAGGCAGAGCAAAUGGCUGUACUCUCGCUGUUGCUGACCACAAACAGGAUAAUGAUUGCUAUGUAUGGGGGCUCAUAUGUGACUAUAUUUGGUUAAACAUUGCGGGAAUCUGUUGAUGUUGUGUUCCCCCCACCCUCCAACCCUGUGUGGUUUGGCGUGUUUUGUCUCAGUGUGAAAAGAGACAAUUACUCACACAGAUUUUUAGGUCUCAGAGGUGUAGUCUGACAGUCAAAAUGAACUACAUAGUCCCAAACUAUACAAGUCUAAACUACAGACUUUACCAGAAUAAAUGGGAAAUUUAAAAAAAAAGGACUAUUUUAUUAUACUUCUGUAUCUAUAUUGACUUUUUGAAAGAUUUUCUUCCUCUUUGGUGCGUUGCAGCACAUUUUGUUUGCUGAAGUGACCCUUCAAUGGAAAAAAGACAAAAACUAAAAAAACAACACAAACACAUUUUGAACAAUUACCAUGAAGGAAUUAUUGAUAGUAUGCUUUCAAGCAUAGCUGUUCUUUUUUUCUUUCAUUUUACUGUAAUAACAGUUGUUAAAAGAGGGAGAAAAAAACUAAUAAAGAGAAUUAUGAGAUAUUUCUAUGUAAUUGUACAGAUAACUAGCAUUGCACACAAUAGUAUGCUUUUUUGUUCCGAACAAACCCUUUGUCUCUGUAAAUGUAGUGGUUAGGAGCAAUUUUGUUCAGUUGUGCUGGCCUUUCUCCGUUUCUGGUACCGGUCUGUUUUUUGUUUUCCUCUUUUAUCACUUUCCAAGAAAUGAUGAUCUAAAUAGAAGCAAAUAACACAAAAGAUAUCACAACAAAACACGCAUUUUUGUGCUGCAUAUUCAUCAUUGUUUUCAGGUCUAUUUUCUGUUUCCAUUUGAUUUCUUUUCCCUUUUUUUUACUGUGUAGAUAGCAGAGCUCUGAUUCACAGAUCGUCAAGGAGACAGAAUAAGUCCAAGUUAAUCAUGAGGUGUCCCUCAGAAAGGUGCAUAGUGCAUUGUGCAUCACUAUUGGCUUUCGAAAGCGCUUUUGCUUCUCAGAAAGAGAACAAAUUGAACAUUGAUGAGCACUAGGUACAAAAAAGGAAAGAUGGUUGUUUUACUUAUUAAAGAAAAAGCUUUUGGAGUGAGAAAAAACUGGAAGUGUUUUUGUUUUGUUUUUUUCUUCGAGGAGAAAAUAUAUUUAUUUAUUUGUUUAAAUAAACAGUAAUACAUUGGAGAAUGGAAGUACGUUUAGUGGCACAGUUUUUAUUAUUGGCUAUGAUUAUGGCUUCUUAUUUAUUCAUUUUUGUAAUGGUUUCCAAGUUGAAUGACCUCUUAACUAAUAUUUGUUGUAACAGUGAAACUUGUUUGCCAACAAAUAAAUUACUGAUUAAGAUUUAUCACUUAGCUAUGACAAAAGUUCUGGUGUUUUGUCUGGAUCUUGGAACUCUUUUAUAUGGAUAACAGCGAAGGACCUCCAAAUGAUGGAACGAUCAAGCCUUUUUUUUUUUUAUAUCAGUUAAAUUCUCUCAUUAGCCCUCUGUCCAUUUUAGUGCCAAAUACAUUUUGGCCCAGCAACAGUGGAUGUGCUGUGUAUGCUCUGGUCUGCUUUACAAUAGAAGCAAUGAUUUCAUAAGCUGUAAUAAAUAUUUCAAUAUCA